CGACUGGCGAUCCCUCAAAUGAACGUCUCGUAGCAAAAGCGGUGCGAGUGCAACGUGCUUGUAAUCCAAGAAGCGAUGGUUGCGGUUGCUACGUGAUUGUGUGCUGCUGCAGUUGUAAUCUUUCAGCGCUUGCCGAGUCCUUCCGCGAAAGUAUAUUCUCAAUUGCUGUGGCGGAAUGGCCGUGGUUUCUGACGCCGAAGACAUCUACUACUGUCAGUUCUGCGGCAGCACGUCUGAAUUGCGCCGAUGCGCACGGUGCCAUCGCGUCUUCUACUGCAGCAAGGAACAUCAGCGUCUGCACUGGCCCGCUCACAAGCACGUCUGCAAGCCAACCAACGCGUCGCCGCAUUUACAGCACCCUCCAGCACCUGUGUCUCCGCCGCCGCUGCUUCCGGCUUCGCCUGCGCCCCCUAUUGUGCCAGGUGCCGUGCCUCCGGUGAUGCCUGCUGCAGUUGUGGAGUUACCAGCGCCUUCAACGGCACCACCAGUGCUCUCAGAUGCUGCCAGCAUUGCUGCAGACAUUCCAAAUUAUGACCCCAAUGACCCGGUCAACCAGGCUUGGUGGAACGACACCCUGUCCUCUUUAGGACUCAGCGCUGAGGGCGGCCCUGGUGGUGGCAAUGAUAGUGACUUGGCCAAUGCAGCCAGGCCCGAAGCCUUGAGGCCCCCGUCGUCCAGCUGGUUCCGGCAGAUGUGUGCCAACGUGAUCCAUGAUCUCAAUGCUUUCGGCAUUUGUGUCAUCGACAACUUCCUGGGCAAUGAGCGUGGCUCAAUGAUAUUUGACGAGGUAGCCAGUCUCUAUGGGAGGGGUGAGUUCCAGGAUGGGCAGCUGGUAAAGCAGCGUGGUGACACUGUGCGCGUCAUCCGGGGUGACCAAAUCAUCUGGCUGGAAGGCACCGAGGCUGGCUUUCCUGCUGUUGGCUUUCUGGUGCGAACUCUGGAUGCCAUCAUCAGCCGAUGCAACAACAGCAAAAAGGGGGGAUUGCUGCGACAGUACCGCAUCAACCAGCGCACCAAGGCCAUGAUAGCUUGCUACCCAAGCCAUGGGACACAUUACGUGAAGCAUGUGGACAAUCCAAACCAGGAUGGCCGUUGUAUCACCAGCAUCUACUAUCUCAACAAAAACUGGGAUGUCCAAACGCAGGGAGGCCUGCUGCGCAUGUUCCCCGUGGGCCAGUCCAGCCAGGUGGCCAACAUUGAGCCCCUCUUUGACCGCAUGCUCUUCUUCUGGUCCGACCGCCGGAAUCCGCACGAGGUGCUGCCAGCCUACUCGAUCAGGUUUGCCAUCACGGUGUGGUACCUGGAUGCGGAUGAACGAAAAAAUGCACUGCGCAGGUUCCAGAGAGAACCACCAACUGAUGAGCACAGUUCGAUGCAUCAGGUAGCUGACAUUAGCAUGCCAAGCAGGUGCCAAGCUACCAGCAUCAGCAGCAGGUCAGCAUGUUGGAACCGUUCGCCUUUGCCAACUACCAGCCAGGAAGCCAUGACGUGGCCUCAGGAUUCAUUGGUCACCAGUUCGGUGGACAGCGGUCAUGACGACAGGCUUCCCAUGAGCAACCCGGAGUGCAGCUGGAAUAGCACCAUCAGCAGUAGUAUGGACGACUCUGUGAGCUGAUGCGACACGAAAAUUUGAAAGGGUGUUGCCAGCAUUGCAAGCUUGAGCUUGGUGUUUGCCAAUGGUUCAUCCUGAAUGCAGGGCUCUGCUGUGUAGACCAUUAGCGCAGCUUACCAUAGUGAGCAUGUGCCAUGCAGCUGAAAGAGAGGCUUGACCCCUGGGAAGACCUAGCUUCACCUGUCAGCCGUGCCUAAUAAGGGUCACAUGCUGGUGAACUUGGUAAGUAAUCUAACUGUGGUGGAACCAGCAAAAUAAUGCUACACGGGAAGGCAUACAUGUGCUGCAGACUUUUCAAAGGCAUAAAGUUAGUUGCGAGCUCAGCUGUUGUGAGCCAUGUUGUAUUGUAGGUUUCUGGCUGGUUCCACCACACUUGUAGCAUGCCUAGGGAAGUGAUGGUGGUCGGAAAAAAAAUUGGUUUAUGGCCAGCUGCUAAUGAGCUGAAAUGCACUGUGUAAAAGGAACAAAGAAUGUCAGUUCACGUAAGCUGGUUUGGUUCCUUGAACAUUUUUAUGGGGGCACAGUGUGCUGUGUACAAUGGCUGCUGGAGCACUGCAGGUAGGUGAAAUUUGCUUCAUAAAAACAUGUUGUUGGCCUAGUAAGUCGGAAUUGCUGUGAGAUGUAAUAGCUACUAAAAUAAUGCACGCAAACCACAGACAUGAAAGAAAACAAGAAGAUGACAUGGGCAGCGUUUCCAAGUGAUGCUGCCCAUGAUUGCUUUCUUUCAUGUCUGUGGUUUGUGUGUGUCCUGGAAUUUGUUGAUAACAUUGCAUACAAUGAAAUUCCGAAUUAUUAAUUUCUUCUUGCCUUUUGCAAAUGCUCUCUCCAUUCACUUGGGAUUGAAUUAUUGUGAACUGGAGGAUAAAAAAAUGUCGUAGUUCCGCCUAAAAGGUGAGCAUCGAUUGCGAUAGCAAAUUAUUAGACAGCUAUACGAAGUAAGGUUAGUAACUUUUCGGUCAUAUACUCGUGUGAACAUUCACUUAUAACGAAAGUAACAAGCAUAGUGUCACAGGCGCACAGGCAAACAUGAACACAUCUCAUUAUUACCGCGAACACUCGCAAUCAAAAUGCUGGCAUGAGAGAGAGAGCGGCAGCAGCAGUGAGGGAAUUUACCUGCGUGCUGCAUCUCACUUCAGCGCUAAGUGGCGAGAACACAGUGUACACAAAGCCAUCAGCCCUCGGCAUGCCUAGACUCGGUACCUACCACAAAUUGCUUUCAAAAUAAGGCCCGCACAGCCGUGCGAUAUGCACAGCUGCUACCAGGGUAGAACUCCUCCGCCCUUACUGCCUUGAGUGCGAUAGAAGACGGCGUGCGUCCUCCCUGCCUUCUUUCGUGCGCGGCGAGAUCAAGUCACCAUCCUUCUCGGCUCACCCUUGCACGCUUUCACUCGCACCCGCAGCAUGUGGUGCAGAUGCGACGUUAUCACACUUGGACUUUAUGUGGAACAUCACGGAGGCAGCGUGAUGUUCCGCACAUGUGCUGCAAUAGAAUUAUGGAAAACAAGUUUGGUAAGUUGAAGUUAGAGCAUCAAGAGUUUGCAUAGUCAAGAGCCAACUCCAAAACAUCUGUUGGUGUCACCUUUACCAGAACAUCAAGGGAGAUGGUAGGAGGUGGAAGCAGUAAGGAAAAAAAUGUCACAUUUGUUUUGAAAAUGACAUGAUAAACAAAUCAUGACAGAAUAGUGCCUACCAUUUUUUAUGCUAAAGCUAUUAUGUGGACACUUCAGGUGAAUGCAUGCCAUCCCCGUGAUAUUCUGUGUUCAGUUGAAGUGCGAUGAGAAUGAGUGGCCAGUGCAACGUAUGCUGCAGGUGCAAAUGUGAGCCAAGGAUAGUGGCUGAGUGUGUGCUGUAUUCCUGUGCGCCCACUGUUGGGGGGGGUCAGGUGCUGAUCAAGCAAGUGCGUGUAUCCUUUUCUAGCCCAGCCAUGGCUGCACAUGACAGUCCACAGAAAUGAGCCAUGGCUUGCGUGCUGCAUUUUGGAGGCAUUCUGCAGUGGGUGCAAGCCAGGAUGAUGGUUGGUGGCCUCAUGUGUGCUGUCUUCUUGCACACCUAGUGUUGGUCGUUGCAUAAUCGAAGUUUCAGAGAUGUAGUGAAGCGAAUGGCAGCGUGAAGGCAUUUGCCUCCCUGCUGCUGGUGCCUUUCGCCACACUGGCUUUGGGACUGCGCGUACUCGCACUCAUCUAGUGAGAUCUGUUCAUGCUUGUCAGUGCACGAGUGACGACAUGCUUGUUAAUUUAAUUAGUAAGCAAACAUUUUCUGCAAUUUAUAGAGCCAGUAAAACUGGGAACAUUAUUUUUUGUAACCGUCUAAUACUUUGCUAUCGCUAUCAAUGCUUUGCCUUUUGGGUGAAACGGUAACUUUUCUUAUAGCCACUAUUAUUACAACAUUAUUUUUCAACCCAUGUACGAGUGACACAUUGUUGACAUGUUACUGUGUGAAGCCAUGAAGUGCAAACUUCAUUUUGUUCUAUGGAGAUCAUUCUGUAACAGAGACUCUUACAAGGUGUGAGAUGUCUUCUAAGCAACUAAGGUGACAGCUGUACCACAGAGUGCUGUUUUGAAUAAGUUUUUUUUUUACUUGGAACAUGCUGCAGUCAAGUAGACUGAGCAGAGGGGGGGGGGGGGGGGAAUCAAUGAUUGAACAUUUAUGCAGUCACAUUUCUGAGCUAGACAAGUGUCUAGCAAAGUGCACUACAUGUGUAGCUAUGCAAUUUAGAGAACUCGACAUGUAACAGUGUAAUAAAGAAGUGUGCUGCCCAUAGCAGGUUUGUUUGUAAGCCAGCCUUAAAAACGAUCAAGAUGUGUACAUUUGAACCCGGUCAUAUCGAACUUGCACAAAGAAGCCUAUCAGUUCUAUAUAGGGCAUAAUUCCACAUAAGCCCGCUAAGGAAUUGGAUGUCAUAAAAGCACAUACCAUAUAUAAAAGCUCUUUAUUGAUGAAACCAGCUUAGUUUUGCAUGAACUAGUCCUGUAUCUUCUGCUUGGAGAACUUCACUGCCUGCGACAGCACACACCUCUCCACAUUGUCUAAAGAGUCAGAGAAGCUAAGGCUGCAACCUUCCACGUUCGCGCAGAAGUGCCGGACUAGUGCGAGUUCCCCAAUCACCUCGGAGAGUGUCGGCAAAGGACCGUCAUUGCUUUCCUCAUUGUGCCCACUUUCACUUGUGUUCGGUACGAUGCUGGCAAUGCAGUCUCCGUUUUCGGGCUCUCCCGUGGUCGCGACACCAUCAUCUGCACCCACAAACUUGUCGACCGUUGAUCCGUCAAUGGCUUCCGGAAGUUCUGACAGCUCACUCCAAACUUUGGCAACACUGGCAAUGGCUUUGUCGCACUCGUAAGCAUUGUCAGAAUCAUCACCGGGCACAUGGAAGCUGGCACGUCUGAAGCAGUUUAGGAUGAACCAUUUGCACAUGGCCACCUCAAUGUCUUAUGCACAGCUGUGCGUACAUGUCGAGCACCACGGGCACUGGGUCAUUUGUCCGCUUUAGCCCUAAUCUCCCCCCUUAUUCUUCAAGAUCUUGCUGAUAGUACACCUCGGAAUCUUGCAUGCUGCGGCGACAUCCGACUUCUUACUGCAUUAGAUUUGAUUUAUGAUUUCAAGCUUCACGGCAAAAGCUAAAUUCUGCCGCUUCGCGCUAGCCAUCAUGGCAACACUGCAGGAGAGGGCCCUAUUGUGUUUGCCACAAGGUGCAAACAGAAUGAGCGAGAAAAGCAGCGAGGCAACUCAGACUUGCACUAUCUUGCAUGACGAGGGCGCAGGAGCCUCUGAUUGGCUGUCUGAGCAAAAGCUGCGGGUGGGCUAAUGUCAUUUUUUGCAGUGGGGGUCCCGCCAACUCGCCCAACACGGCGUGUUCAAGGCAGGGCUAAGCUGCGCCGCCGGUCUAAACCACUUUUGGGAUGUGUCGCCGGGUUUCCCCACCACCACAAGGAAAAGCCAACUUCUAGGGUCACUUUUGUGCCAUUUGAUGUUCAAUAUAUUCUGAGGCGCUGCUACUUUUGUUGGAUGUGAGUGUAAUUUUUGCUAUAUAAACUCACUGUAACUAUACCAUGUUAAGAAGUUGUUUGAUAUACAGGAUAAUUCGAUGUAAAUGGGUUCGAUAGGGUCACUGUACCACCUGGCCCGAUGCCUACAUAAAGCUGUGUAUAUUGUUUAUGUUCGCGCAUUGCAUUUGCUUUUUAAAGAGCUACCUUGGUUAAACCAACAAAACAGUGAUGUUGUACUUAAAGCCUCUAAGGGCAACUGCAAAGUUGACGUAGGCAGUUAACAUACCAUUCCAGAAACCUCACAGCGCUUGUUUCGUGCCAAGAAAAUACUUAGUUUAAGAGAAGAUCGCAUCUGAAGGGUCCCCAUACCUUUAGUGAAAUUCAUAUUGCCCACUCUUGAGCGAGGGAGUGGUGACAUUGCAUACGCCAUCACCUCCCUUUACUGCUGUCGGUGAGUAAAAUGGCACCCAACAGACGGUGCUAGAGGUCUUAGUGCAAAAGGUAAGCGCGCCACCAUGGCGAAACUGAGCCAGGACAGAGCGGUGAAUUGGCUGCGGCAGCUGCUCUUGGUCAAGUGGCAUGGACCGUUCAGGCAUCCCCCGAAAUCACAUGGACAUGGCUUUCUCUGCUACUUGCAGUUCAUGUGAUUUUAGUGAGCCAGCGUAACCAGCUCAGCACUCCGUGAUAGCGAAACUACUGAAACACAAAGCAUGGAUGGCGCCGGUGGCGAACGAAAACUAAACCUGUUUACCGCCCGCGUCAUUGUCAUAGGCAAAGUCAAUGACUUCUUUUCUUCUACAAGCCAGGUAUAACUGGAGAAGUAGCAUUUCCUUCCAUCUUAUUAUCUAAUGCAAUUUGUUAUUAUGAAUCUUUGAGUAUUAGGGACAGAAUUGGAAGGAGUACCUUCGUUUUCAGGCUAGUACCUGAACAUUGCAGGGGAGUCACAAAUCGUGUUUUGCAUUUACCUCAGUUAUUAAAUAUCUGUUCAUAAUAAUAUUGACAUCUUAGACAUUCUCUAACAUUAAUCUACCAUUUUAGCAUGACUUAAUAUUCAAUAAACAGAAAUAGUACUAAAAGAAAUCAAACAUGGCUUGGUCAAGAGGGAAAACUGCUGGCUUUCACCUAGCAGUGAAUUUAUUUGAGAACUGAAACACUUGUGCUGGCUUCACAUGUACGGAAAAAGUACCAAAAACGAUACUUAGCAGUUUGUCUUUACAGGCAAUGAAAUUUAUCACCAAAUCUUAUUAUUAGCAACCUUGUCUGCCCUUCCUGAAGUCGACCAACUUAUCACUAAGGAAAUGGUUGUCGGUCUCCCUGAUGAAAAUAUUUCCCCUGAAAGCUCAUGUGCAGUGGCAUUCCUGCUUCUCAGCAUGUGAAUUUCUUCAGAAUGACAAAAUAUGCUCCCAUCUUUCGCAGUGAGUCAAUUGAAUUCAUUUUAUUGACCAGAAAACCUUGUGACUCGUCAGAGGGGCGAUCAGUUGCAUAUUAUUGAACAAAGAUUAGAAAUUGGUUGCCGGGAAAGUAUUUGUGAUAGGCUUUAUCGCCUGUGAUGCAAAACGUGCCAAGUAUUGUUUUUAAAUGUGUUGUAGCAUGUAGUGUGGUGGGUGCGACCGUUUCUCCUUGCAGCUCAUUGCAGCUGGAUGUUGGCACAACAGCUUUGUGAAGUUGCACGUGCCUGGCUUGUUGGACGCUGCACUUGAACAUCAGGCUGGAGUUGUGGGGUUUGAUUAUCUAGCUAUGGUGCGCUGCCUUAAUUUUCAGAAUGAAGUGACAGUGUGAGCUUAGCUCCCCUCGAAUCCAUAUUAUUGUUCACUGGACUCGCGCCUAGUUUUCUGUUGACCAUUACUGAAAAUUCUUUGCUGGCUGAUGCACUAUCACAAAAAGAAAGUUUCACGAACACGCUCACUUUUUAUGGGCUUUUAUACGUCCAGCUGUAGUCUUCAACCAUGGUCACAAUUAGGAAGCUUUAUGUCUAUUGUGCUUUGUGUUUCUAAGUUUCUGACAUAUUCCUCUUCUUUACCAAGCAAGCAUUGUUGGAAUGUUGUGUUUAAAUUUUUAGGCACAGAAAUAUCGCAAACAUGGAGCCUCAAAGUGGUACCCUUGCAAAUUCAAAUGCGACAAAGUCCUCUUGUGAGCCCCCUGUAGAUAUUUCUUGCAGAGUUGAAUUUUGUUCUUUUAUUAGGCAGUAAGAGCGGUCUGAGCGGAACCUAUUGUUGAACCUCUAUAUAACAAAUGUGCAUAAUGAAUUAUCGCUUAUAACCAAGUAAAUAAGCAGUCUCACCACUAUUGCAGUGUAACAUAUAUAUGUUUAUAAUGACUAUGGAAUAUAACAAGGUUCCAAUGUUUUAGGGAGCCAUUGCUGCUACCAUGUAGAGCUGUGUAUUUGCAUAUGUGCUUAGCCAGCGUGUUCAGAAAAUGUGUUCAUUUCUGGCAUAACAUGACAGUUGUGUUUGCCUUGCCAUGGUGUGCAGAUAGAAUGGGCUCAUUUGGCAGGGUAGUUAGUAGUUUAUGGAUGGCUUUGUUGGGUACAACUGGUAGGGUGCACACCAGUAUUUUCAUGCACAUUCUGUUGACCUAGGCUGAAAUCAUAUAUGCGAGUGAAGUUGGAUUCUGUUCGCAUGCCUGAAUACAGAAGUGCUGGAUUGAGAUUGCAGCUGUGCUCUGUGCAGCUUAUGUAAUGCUAAUAAAUGUAUGACAUUUUC